AGUAACUGUCCAAAACUGUCAACAGUGCGAGCAGUACAAGUACUAGUCACGAUCUGUUGAUUCUGUCACCAUAUUUAUCCUUUUUUUUUUUUUUUUUUAAACAUAUUUAUGUGACAGUGAUGUCUCGAAAGACCAAGACAGAGGAAUAUUACCGCUUCUUCACGGUGACAGAUCCACGCACACACGAGAAAGGACAUACGGAAUAUAAAGUGACAGCAAGGUUUGUGUCCAAGACUCAGCCGGAGAAUGUUAAAGAGGUGGUGGUGUGGAAGAGGUACUCGGAGCUGAAGAAGGUACAUGGUGAGCUGGCGUACACUCAUAGAAACCUGUUCAGACGGCUAGAAGAGUUUCCCCCUUUUCCACGAGCGCAGGUUUUUGGCCGUUUUGAUGAGGCAGUGAUUGAAGAGAGGAGGAAAGCAGCCGAGGCCAUGCUGCUCUUCACUACGAACAUUCCUGCCCUAUACAACAGUCCUCAACUCAAAGAUUUCUUCAGGGGAGGAGAGGUAAGGAGACCAUUGGAGACAUCAACCAUUUCCACUUCACUGCCACCUCCUCUUAUUCCCCUACCUGAGAGGGACACUGCGUUGUUGGCUGAGGAGGAGACAGGAAGAGAGGCUCCUAUUCAGGCCCAGGAACUGGAGUCCCACCAGAGGCUGACAGAUGUAACCACACCUGAGGAGGCGGUUGAGGCCAUCAGUGACUUGGAAAGCUGCUCAACACAAGAGACACAAACAGAAAAACAGAGGCAGAAUACAACAGAGGAAGGGAAGGAGAUUACAGCAUAUCAGAAUAACGGCACUGACCAAUCGCCUGCUGGAACUGACACUACAACACAUGCUUGUCUAGAAAUUCCUGGUUGUCUACUUGACCAAUCAGAGGAGUUUGAUUUGCUAUUUGAUUCAGGAUUGGAGGAACAUGCAGACAAGGCUCCGCCUCCACUCUCAGAUACAGACCUCGCUAUUUUUGACCCAUGUGCGAAAGAAGAACAACCGUAUGGAUCACCCAGCCAUGCUGAACUUCUGUCAGUCCCUCUGACCAACCCAAAUGGUGCUGAACCUUGUGGAGAUGCAAGCUAUGUGUCCCAGGCAAACGAAGAGCUGAAUGUCGCCCAGGAGCGAGAGCGGGAGGCCGAUUACAGUGCAGCAGUACAACAAUACAGAGCAGCAGUUGAUAUACUUAUGAAAGGAGUGCCUGGAGAUGUGGAUUUGAAGAGGAGGGAUGCAGUGAAGAGGAAGAUUGCUGAAGUCCUGGAGCAUGCAGAGAGACUUCUCUCCAUACAGACUCCCACUCACAACCACAAUACUUAGAGAAUCAAUUGAAACACACACACACACACAUACACUAACUCAAGCUUCAUCAAACGUCAUAUACCCAAGCACACUCCCACAUAUAUACUCUCAAGCACUGAGUUUUGGAUUUCUCUUUCAUACACACACACACACAUUCAAAUAAUUCUGCCACACUUUCACUAUUAAGUGUAACUUGCUGACCACCCACACAGUCAACAUGCACACAUACACAUGCAUACUACUCACACACUUGACUCCCACAUAUCCCGCUUACCCAAAUAGUUACACUUGUAGCACCAUCCAUGCAGGAUGUGCCCAAUUCUGUUUCCGAACAGCACUACACUCCCUGCACUGUAAGACCCCAACAAGGGAUUUUUACUCCCUUUUACACUAAUAUUUAACUUAAAAUCAACAAUACUUUCUGAUCAGCCUUAGGAACUUGACACGUCUUCUGCUGAGAUUUGUUUUUCAUCUCAGGUUUGAAUUGUAAAUUGUUUCAUCCAACGGUUGAACUGUUGUGUAAAAGAAGUUGUUGUGUAAAUUACUGUUUUCUAAAUGAAGACAUUGUCUUUUCAGUUGAAUCCUGUUUUGUAAAUUAUAAGCUUACUGUUAAUAAAGUCAACAUGAAAUGGCAUCCG